AAGACCUGCAGCAGCCAAGUGAUCAACCUGCAGACUCUGGACAUACAAACUACCAGAAACAUCGCUCAGUCGCACAAUGGAGGAUGCAGAGAAAGGUUCCCAGCAGCAUCCUGACUCGGUGCCAGAGGUUGGAGAAGAUGCAGUGACGUCUGUAGGUCCUUCUCCCCCUCCCCCCGCCAUGACAGAGGAGGAGCGGCAGGAGCUGCAAGAGGAGUUGGUCAAGGUGGAGGAUGAGAUCCAGACUCUGUCUCAGGUGCUGGCAGCCAAGGAGAGGCAGUUGGUGGACAUCAAGAAGAGGCUGGGAAUCACACCUCUCAAUGAAUUCAAACAGAACAUCACCAAAACCUGGCAGGAGGUCACCACCUCCAACGCUUAUAGGAGGACUUCUGAAACACUGUCUCAGGCGAGUCUGAAGGCCACGGCAGCGUUCUCCAAUGUGGGCUCAGCCAUCAGCCGGAAGCUCGAGGAUGUCAGGAAUGCCCCAACUUUCAAGUCUUUUGAGGAGAGGGUGGAGACUUUGAAGACCAAGAUUAGUCCAUCAGCAUCCAACAGUAACCCAGACAUCAGCAGUCCAACCACCGAGUCUUUGCUCAGUCCUCCUGAAGGCUCGCCCACCCAGGAGACGCCGAUGAACUGAGACCUGCCUGACCUCUCCUGACCUCCUGCCUGCCCCUCCUCACUUGACCCCUAUAACCCCUGGACCGUCAACAUGCCCCCUAAACUUUUGUGUGCCAGUCUCCCUUUAUUGGAAACAAGUGACUUACCACAGCCUUCCUUGUGAUCUAAUUGUCUGGUCUUUUUGUCUGACACGUGCGCUCACUUGUUAACUGGUGUGGAAACUGAAAGCAUGGGAUGGGUGCAGGCAUGUGGUGGUCUGGCGUCAAUAGUAUACAUUUGAGUCUGUUCUGGCUCGCUGUGGGAGAAAUCCUCCCCGCUCUAUGACUUUUCUUUUCCUCCUGCACUCCUCAUUUCUCUGCCUUUGUCUAACUAGCAAAGCUCCAAUGCCAAACAUGCUCCUAGUUUACUUUUUCUUUAUCAAGUUAACACUGGUUCUUCUUUUUUUUGUUUGUUUGAGUGUAGAAAAUUGCACAAAUAUAGAGAUAUUAUUAGAGAAGGAUUUAUAGUUAAAAAGUUACUAUUAUAAGCACUUGUUUUGUCUUGGUUUACUAUGGGUAACCAUUUUGGGGCCAAUCUGACUUCCGUUUUCUUCGACACCACACAGUCAUAAAGUCGUCUAACACUGUUGAGAACAUGAAUGUAUGCCUUUUUGUGUCAUAUAGAUACAAUACUUUGUAUACUAUAACCCACAAUGCUGAGCAACAGAUACUGUGAGUCACACUGUAGCCACCGACUCCGAAGCUGUUUUUUGUUUUCAAAAACACACUUCAGAAUAAAAACCAUCCUUUUUUCCAUUGUUAA